AUGAACGUCUCGUCUGCGAAUCUGUGCUUGGCAACCGCCGAUGAUGCGUUUGGUCCGGUCGUUGGGGGCUGUAGAGAUGACUUCGACUUCACCCUAACGUUCGAGCAAUCUUUCUUCACGCUCAUCCCUGCUUCUCUCUUACUUCUGGUCUCGCCUUUCAGAGUCUGGAAACUGAGAAAGCUGCCGAAUGUAGUCCGGGGCACGGCUGCUAGAUAUGUCAAACUCGUGGCGGUUGCGCUGUUGUCGAUUUUCCAAUUAACCUCGACCAUCCUGUGGGUGACCAUGACAGGCCCUUCAGCCUCUCGCUCUGUUUCCAUAGCAUCUUCGGGCUUGUCGUCCGUGGCUACUUUUGUGGCCCUAGCAUUAUCCUACAUGGAACAUGUCAAGUCCAAGAAACCGUCUGCAACAUUCACUACAUACCUUUUCUUCUCACUGAUCCUAGAUCUUGCAACUCUGCGAACUACAUGGCUUCUUUCGUUGCCAAUCCCCAUUAAAGCCGUUGGGACGCUUUGCUUCUGUUGGAAAGCAGCUGUGCUCUCACUGGAGGCAAAAGAGAAGGCACAUUGGACAGUCGACGAUGGCUGUCGCCAGAGCCCGGAGUCAACCAGCGGGAUAUUCAAUCAAGGUCUCUUUUGGUGGUUAAACUCACUUCUAGCUAGCGGCUUUCGUCAGCUACUGCGGCCAGAUGACCUUUUCAUAUUGGACGACGACAUGUCAGCUAGCAUGCUCAACGAGAAGUUUUGGACUGCAUGGAAUCGAGCUCAUCGGGACGACAAGCAUAAGCUCCUGAAUGCAUGUGUGGUCACAUUGAAAUGGCCAAUUCUCGCUGCAGUGCCACCACGACUUAUACUAGUCGGGUUCACGAUUUGCCAACCAUUGCUACUCGAACGAUUUCUUCAGUACCUGCGAGAUAUGAAUGAGUCUGCCAAUAUCAGCUACGGUCUCAUUGCAGCGUACGGUUUGGUAUAUGCGGGCAUGGCAGUUUCCUCUGGGUUUUACUCUCAUAGAGCGUUCCGGAUGGCAACAAUGCUACGAGGCACUCUCAUUACUGCAAUCUUCAGGAAAACCACAGAGAUUAGCAUCACCACCGCUGAUAACUCAGCUUCGGUGACUUUGAUGAGUACUGAUGUCGAUACUAUUGUCCGUGCUAUGCGACAGGUCCACGACCUCUGGGCGGAUAUGAUUCAAGUAGCUGUUGCAACAUGGCUUCUCAGCAGGCUCAUAGGCCCCGCUGCAGCAGCCCCAGUCGUGGUUUGUCUGCUUUCACUAUCAAUCACCAUGUACGCAUCCCCGAAAGCCCAAUGCUCCCAAGCUGCCUGGUUCACCAAGGUUCAAAGAAGGGUUGGAAUCACUUCACAGAUGCUUGGACAUAUGAAGAGCAUCAAGAUGUCUGGUCUAGCUCCGAAGCUCGCAGCAACAAUCACCCAAAUGCGAGUCGACGAAAUCGCCGCUGCCAAGCCGUUCCGCAUGAUCAUGGUAUCUACUGCUGCGUUGGCGCAAAUACCCGUCUUGUUGUCACCCGUUGCUGCCUUCGCGGCAUUUGUAGCUGUGGCAGCAAGGGCCGGUGAGACGUUCGAGGCUACCAGGCUUUUCUCCUCUUUAUCACUUAUCAUCCUUCUUGCCGCCCCUCUAUUCGGAACCUUUGAGACCAUUUUGAACCUAAAUGCCUCUCUGGCAUCAUUUAAUAGGAUACAAAAAUACCUGUCUCUCAAAACUAAAGAUAAACACAAAGGGAAGAUUCAGGACGUCGCGCGAUCUUCAGAGAAUGCCUCUCCAUCUUCAUAUAUAUCACCUCAGUCUACAUCGUCUCCAACUGCGGACGGACAAAUCGAGCUUGGAUCUAUUCCGGGAUCAACACGACAAGAUAAGCAACUGAAUACGAACAACACGUGUGUUCGCUUACAAGGCGCAUCAUUCUCCUGGGCGGCAGAUUCACCCGUUGCCAUUAACAAUGUCAGCACAGUAGUGUACAAAGGAGAGAUGUUAAUUAUAAUGGGUCCAGUUGCCUCUGGCAAGAGCACUCUGCUGAAAGGCAUCCUGAACGAGGUCCCUAUUGUCAGUGGGGAGGUAACUGUAGCCUCUGGCCCGAAGGCGUGGUGUGAUCAGACUCCUUGGCUCAAAAAUGAUAGCAUCCGCGAUAACAUCAUCGGAUACGCCCACUUCGACCCAGACCUGUACAAGGAGGUCAUUUGGGCCUGUGAUCUGAAGAAGGACCUUGCUCAUUUGCCGGGCGGCGAUAGAACGGUCAUCGGAAGCAAGGGUGUUUCCCUGAGCGGUGGGCAGAAACAGAGAGUAGCUUUAGCUCGGGCAGUGUAUUCAAGACCUCAUAUCGCUCUUUUCGACGAUGUACUUAGUGGGUUAGAUGGUCACACUGCGAGUGUAAUCUGUAGCCGGCUUUUCAGCACCAACGAAGGUUUAUUGAAGAAAUGGGGGACUACUAUAAUCCUAGCGACGCAGUCAAUCCUACCGUUGACAAUGACCGACGAGCUGUUGGUCCUCGGAAGUGAUGGCUCUGUCGCAGAAGCCGGGUCAUUCGGGGAAGUCAUGAGCCAAAAUGGCUACGUGAAAUCCAUUUAUAGAAUGAGAAAAGAUAACCCGAACGUAAAUAGUGAAACAAGCUCCCAGGAUGACGAGGAAGUCGAGCAGUUGGUAGGUAAAGACGCACCCAAAGAUGACAUCACGGACAAGCGCAGGCAAAUUGGCGACAAUACUGUAUACCGCUUCUAUUUCUCUUCUCUGGGGCCAGCCUUUACGGCCAUUCUCGUCGUCAUGGAAUUUUCCAACGCGUUUCUGCAAACCUUCCCAACUGUUUGGUUGAAAUGGUGGUCUGAUGCCAGUGAGGCUGAGGGUAACCAGAGCAUUGGAGUUUACCUUGGCGUUUAUACGGCACUCCAAUUCGCCGCACUCUUGACUUUCUUUCUACUGACCUGGUUUGUUAUUGUCAAGAUAGUAGCAAAGUCCGGGCUCGAGUUACAUGGCAGAUUACUCCAGACGGUUGUCCGUGCUCCGCUAGCUCUUUUCACUACGGACGACACCGGAUCUCUCACUACAAGAUUUUCCCAAGACAUUGGAGAGGUUGAUAGGAACCUACCCCUAGGAAUGCUUGUCACCAUCCAAAGCUUUCUUACAUGUAUUGGUCAAGCAAUCCUGAUUGCCACUGCAACAUGGUAUCUUGCAAUAAGCUACCCUGCUCUGAUCGGUGUUUUCUUCUUUCUACAAAAAGCUUAUCUGCGUACGUCUCGACAACUGCGAUUUCUUGACCUUGAGGAAAAGGCACCAGUAUAUACACAAUUCAUCGAGACUUUAGCAGGCCUGUCGACCAUUAGGGCGUUUGGUUGGGGACAAGCAGCUAUCCAGCAGAACUAUGAGCUUGUUGACCGAGCCCAGAGACCCUUCUAUCUACUUCUCAUGGUUCAGCGAUGGUUGACUCUGGUGCUUGACUUCAUCAUUGCCGCACUUGCUCUCCUUGUCGUUGGGUUGGCGGUGAAACUGCGUGACUCGAUCUCCGUCGGGUUGACGGGUGUCUCACUAGUACAGCUGAUCACGUUUGCGGAGACUAUGAGGAUGCUGAUUUUGUGGUGGACAUCUCUGGAGACCUCAAUAGGGGCUGUUGCCAGGAUCAAGCAAUUCAGCGAACAUACAGGCGAUGAGAAUCUCGUGGGUGAGGAAAGGGAGACACCAUUGCAUUGGCCAGCUCAAGGAGCCAUUGAUAUGCGAGGCAUAUCUGCUUCGUAUGGCCCAAAACAUGAAACGCUGGCGCUUGAUAAUAUUUCUCUCUCCAUAAAAGCCGGUGAGAAGAUCGGCAUCGUUGGAAGGACUGGCAGUGGCAAGUCAUCGCUUCUUCUCUCCCUUGUCAGGAUGCUAGAUCUCUCGUCGGGCACCAUCAUCAUUGAUAGCCUUGAUUUAUCCACGGUCUCCCGAGAGGAGACCCGGGCCCGCCUGAUUGUCAUCACACAGGAUCAGUUCCUGCUUCCGGGUAGUGUGCGACAAAACGUCGACCCAUAUGAAUCAGCCAGCACUGAUCAAAUAUGGGUUACCUUGUCAAAAGUUGGACUACGAGAAAGUAUCGAAGCGAAAGGUGGUCUCGAUGUUGACCUAGAAGAGGAGACGCUCAGCCAUGGGCAGCGUCAACUAUUUUUCCUAGCCAGAGCCAUCUUGAGGAAGGAACAUGGCAACAUCGUCCUUUUCGAUGAAGCCACAAGCAGUGUCGACCAACACACCGAGAUGCGAGUACAAGAGAUUAUCCGAAAAGAGUUCGCUACCCAUACUGUCAUUUCCAUUGCACAUCGUUUGGACACGAUCGCAGACUUCGAUCGAGUAGUUGUCUUAGAAAAGGGGGCCGUGGUAGAGCAGGGAGCACCCAGCGAUCUGCUGCGGAAGUUGGGUCCUUUCAGAGUCCUGUGGGAUGCAUCGCAUGGUGACUAG